AUGCAAGACACAGACCCAAGGAACCAAGUGAGUGACACUUUCUCCACAGGUGUUCCUGGUUCCAAGUCUCAGAGAAAAAGUCCUGAGCCUACACCGGAACCUCCCUCCCCCACAGUGACCAGGGGGUGGAGGGUCCAGCUGACCACUACAGCCUCCUCUCCAGCCCCAGCCCUCGGGCGACCUGUGCCUCUCCCAACGUCAUUGUGCCACAGGUAUCCCCCUCAAUGCUGGCUGAGUUCCGCCCCCUCAUCCACGGCCCCCAAUUUCAUUGUCUGGGAAACCGAAGUUCCAAGCCUUGGAGAACGGAAGCAGGCUCGCUCUGAAACCCAAAGGAUUUCGAAAUCGAAGCAACGGCAGAGAGCAGCCGGGUCCCCGACUGGGCUGGGGGCGGGGCGCAGAGCGGCGGCGGGCAAGUUGCGCCCCCUCGGGGGAGGUGUUUCCACUGCCCCCUCGUCCCCCUGCCAGCGCAGCCCGGGCCAGACACCCCCGGCCGGCCCCGCGCCGCCCCGCAGGCAACCGCCGCCCGCNUCUGGGCCCGGCGGCCCUCGCCCCGCCGUCCUGCUGCUCGCGCCGCUGCUGUUGCUCGCCCUCCGAGGGGUGGCGGCGGCACCCGCGGCGGCCGGGGGGCGCGAGGACUCCCCGGGGCUCCAGGACGCGGAGCUCCCGCGCGGACUCCUGCAGCAGGCGGCGCGCGCCGCGCUGCACUUCUUCAACUUCCGUGCGGGCUCGCCGAGCGCCCUGCGAGUGCUGGCCGCCGUGCUGGAGGGCCGCGCCACGGUUAAUCCAAAGAAGGAAUGUCAGGUUGACCUGGUAUUUACCACAGAUCACUAUGACCCAGAGGACGGUGAGGAACAUUUGGGGAAAUGUUCUGCUCGAGUGUUUUUCAGGAAUCAGAAACCCAGACCAGCCAUUAAUGUAACUUGUACACGGCUCAUCGAGAAGAACAAAAGACAACAAGAGGAUUACCUGCUUUACAAGCACAUGAAGCAACUUAAAACCCCCUUGGAUGUAGUCAGCAUACCUGAUAGUCACGGACAUAUUGAUCCCUCUCUGAAACCCAUUUGGGACUUGGCUUUUCUUGGCAGCUCUUACGUGAUGUGGGAAAAGACAACCCAGUUUUUACACUACUACAUGGCACAGAUCAGCAGUGUUAACCAAUGGAGAACAAAUGAUGAUGCAAUUGAUUUUGAUUAUACGGUUCUACUCCAUGAAUUCUCGACACAGGAAAUCAUUCCCUGUCGUAUACACUUGGUCUGGUACCCUGGGAAACCACUUAAAGUGAAGUACUACUGUCAAGAGCUACCAACGCCAGAAGAAGCCUCCGGAACUGAAGAAGGCUCUGCUGUGGUACCAACAGAGCUUAAUAAUUUCUGAAAAGAAAAAAGGACCUGCUUAUACCAAAUUCGAAACAAAGUGAUAUACUUAAUAGCCUAAAUAAUUACUCUGAUAAAAUAGGUAAGGUAUAAGGUAGCCUAAUAUUUGAGAAAGCCUGCAAUUACAGUACUCAAAAAUUAAAAUAUGCUGGGGUUUCUGUUUUCACUUGGUUUGGUUUAUUUAAUUCUGGGAACACAGGCAUACACUAAACCCUGCUCAGUGCUAAACAGUUUCCUCCAUGGGUUUCUCAAGGGUUCAGCCCCAAAAUGUAAAAACCACUCAGUAUACACUGUAAUUGGAUCAAUAAGUGUUUAGCAAAACAAAACAAAAAUUGAUGGUCUCACCUCUGUAUUUCUCAUUACAUUGAACAUAGCACAGCAAACCAUUUUCUGUUGCUAAAUUCCUUCUACCUAGGAUGUAAAAAAGAUAAUAUAUCUCAGUGAAAGUAAAUUGUAGGGAAAAUGUGAUCAAUUUAGAAGGAACUUUACUAUUUUUUAUCAUUUCAAGCAAGUAUUCUUUUUUGAUAUCUACUUUUAAAUAAAUGUUUACAUUUCUAUAUAAAAUGUGUUCAACGUGUUUGUAGAGAUUUGUAUACACAUGCGAAAUUUGUGCUAAACAAUUAACUCUUAAUAUUGCUUAAUUCAAAUUUUAUGAAUAAAAAUAUAGUGUUUCACAGAUAAAGCCAAGUGUCUGCAAACGGAAUAGUGAUGUAACUGAAAUUCUAUCAAAUAUGUACAAUUUCCAUUUCUUAACAACAAUUUGCACCCAGUGUUGGCCUAAAUUAAUUUAUAAAAGUAAAUACAAAAUAUACCAUAAUCAAAUUCAGUAGAGUACCUCCCCAAGGCAGGAAGAAGUGAUCCAGGAAACACGGCCAUCAUUUGCCUCUCAAAAUUUAUAUCAUUUGUAGGGGAGGAAUUCAAAUUUUAUUCUGCCCAUCAAGGUUCUUCCAGCUGGCCUAAGACUUUAAUUGAUAUGAGACAGAUUAACAGAAAAAAACAGAGAGGCCCAAUAAUGCAGUUGAGACCUAAAGAAAUGACCAAGGUAGGCAGUUUUUAUACUUUAUAAACAGAGUAUAAAUCUAUAAGGAAUUGGCAGGACAAAGAAAACUUAACUUUGGGAGCCUCAGUUAGUAGGGAAUUCUAAACCGAAUCUGGACUGAGGUAAUAAGUUAAUAACAAGUAACCAGGAUUGUCUGUGCAGCCUUUUUAGCUCUAAAUUUCCUAUCUCUGAUAACGGUAUCUCUACCCUGUGGUACAGAAAGCGUACCUUUUCACAUGGGAGAUUCAUUUCCUGCUUUCAGGAAGACAGACGAGGAUCUGAGUGUCCCUCUUGUGUAAUCUGUCUCUUAAGUAACUUUUAUUUAAAAUAAUCAAUAUGCCAAAGGGGACAUUUGGGGGUGGCCUGCCCUUGGCCUCUACAGCCCCCUCCACUGAAGCUUUCCUGGAAGUUUCACACAUUACAAACCGAGGUGGUAGAUUGUUCCUUCUUGUUGAAUCUCUCAGUCUGACAAUAAGUCAAUUCAGUUAAACUCAUUUCAGGACACAGUGCUGUAGGUGUCUUCUCAAAGUUAAGCCUGUCGUUCAAAUAAUCAGAUAAUAAGAGGCAUUUCUGUGGAAAUAAAAGAAAAAACAAUGUUUAAGGACUGGAUCAAAUUAUAAACCAGUUUCUGAGUACUGAGGGUAGCUGGUCGAGAGGAUUUCUAGAGGCAGGCUUAGAGCAACUUAGAUAGGUGCUUUUAGGGGUGGUGGUGGCGAUCUGACAGAUUUUCUUUGUAGUGAUUGAGUGGCCCAUAGAACGACAGGCAUGAAGAUUGUCUAUAAAUGAGCUGUUGUGGUGAUUUCUCUGAAGUUUACACCACGUUGUUCAUAUCCAGUUUGCAGGGCUUCAGGAAAAAGGUCAGUUUUAGUUCUCAAUGAUUCCAAGUCAAAAGGAUGGAAAAAAAUCGAAGAUGUUCACUUGGUGAGCCAGGCAUUGGAGGAAAAGAAAUCAGGAUCUAGUCCAAUUUAUAAUAACUGCGUUAGAAUCUAAUAUCCACAAAAGUGUGUUAAUGAAACAAAAUUUUUCUCUCUAUAAUCACCCUUAUUUUUACCAAAGAUAGCCAGAUUAAGGCUAAUUGUUUACAGAAUAAAUCUAGUUUCAAUAAACUUGGCCUGAUUAUUUACAUAAGUACAGCAAAAAUAGUGAUUGAUCAUAAAGGCUCUUCUAAAUCUGCUUUGCUUGAACUUUUUGUAGGGAAUCUCCUGACUGAACUUUUAACAGCCUCUGAAGGCCAGAAGCCAACCCAAAUACUUGCAUGAGACUUCGCCUGUAAUAUCUAUAGUUUUGGGUUAAUUCCUCUCUUCUUGAGGUCCCCCAAAUAUCCUGAAGUUCUUGCACCCACAAUGAAGUGACCAUGUUUACUCACCUAGUAAGGCUUCUUGGAACCCUGUAAGCAAGGUAUCAGGCUGUUUUUCCAAGGAGCUUUAUUGGUUCCAAUAAAGUCAACCUUAAAGCUGA